AUGCAUGGUAUAUCAAAUAUUAAUGUAAUGGCAUCACAACUAAGAGCUGUCACAGUUCAAAAACCGAAUCUGUGUAAUUCAGCAAUUUGUCUGAUGACUGUCAAACGUAUCUUCAACAAUUCUGGAGACAAAGAGAAUUACUCGGUAAAUAAGCAUGAAUUUUAAAACAUAAAGUUUACAUUUUACAGUGUGCUGUUUUGGUUGCUGUUAUCUCUCGACUCCUACAAAUUUCUCCUAUCAACCUGCCCGAACCCAGAACAUAUGUUUAUUAUUCACAAAUGUUUAAACCAUUUUUUUAUUUAUUUUGUCUGUAUGGAUGUACUUAACCACUUGUGAAGCUCCUCAUUGUGCUAUUUUAUGUCUUUUUUUUCCCUUUCGGAUGACAGACAUAGCGUUUGGUAAGUUGAGAAUUGUUCAUCUUCCUGUCUAAAACAUAAAGAUUAAAUCUGUCAUUUUUACCUACUGUAUUGUAUGGAUAUGAAACUUUGUCUCUUCCUUUAAGGGAACAACAUAUAUUGUGUUUGAGAACAUAGCACUGAGGAGAUCAGUUGGACCACAGAGGAAGGAAGCGACAUCAUGAUGAUGAGGGGAACAGCAUAACAUGGAGCUUCAUAAUGCAUGUGUUUCAAAAUAUUUCACAGUUUUAGAAAUAUCAAGUAAGAGUGAUCAAGAACAAGUACGUCAGGCUUUUCUGAAGAUGGUGAAAAGAUUUCAUCCUGACAGUGGCUCUGCAGAAGCAAGCGCAGAAAAAUUCUUGUUGAUUGAGAAUGCAUACCGUAAACUGCAGAAUAAGUUUGCAAAUGAUCGAUGGAAUGCAAAUGAAGGGACAGGUGAAUAUGGCCUAUAUCACGAAGAAAAAACUGAAAUAAAGGAGUUUGACAUAAAGCAUACAGUGCCACAACACAGACAGUAUUUAAGUUACGGUGGAUAUGGCAUGGGGACACCACAGAAAAGAGAGAAGCAGUACCAGAAAUACAGAGCACAGAAAGCUAUUGAAAAUGUUCACAGUCAUAGAAUUUCUAAGAUACCUUAUGGGAAGGAAGUGGGUCUUAUACACAAAGAUAAAUGUGAAGCACAAAAGAUUAAACUCAGGUCUGAAAUGGACAGGCUUGUAGAAGACUUAAUCCAAGAAUCGAUUUCAAGAGGUGAAUUUGAUAACUUGGCUGGAGCAGGGAAACCCCUGAAGCACCAAGCAAGCAAUCCAUAUGUUGACUUUGUUACUCAUAAAAUGAAUCAGGUGCUGAUCAAUAAUGGUUUCACCCCUGAAUGGAUAUCACUGCAGAAAGAAAUUUCAGAUGACACGAAAUAUCUUCGUGAAAGUCUUACAAGGUACAGAACUGAACUCGGGCACUUACCUCUAGAUAACGACGAUAAUAGUAAAUGGAAUGAGAUCUUGAUUAAACAUAAAGAAAUGGUGAUAAAGCUCAAUGCAAAAAUAGAUAAAUACAAUCUUCUUGUUCCACUUCUGCAAAAACAGAAAUUGCAUAUUUUAUUACAACGAGAAGCAGAUUGUAUUCUGAAAAGUGGGAAAACCCGGUAUGAUGUUACAGCUCCUGUGAAGUUUUCAAGAGUUGAACAUGGAGACAAUCGAGUUGAUUUUCUUGGUUUCUUAAGUUCUUUCUAUGAAUGGAAUGAGGAAGUUAGGAAACGAAUGGAUGUGAGGGGUCUGGUAGAGAGAGUAGAAGAAGCAAGAAUGAAGUGGUAUGGACACGUGAAGCGAAUGGGAGAAGGGCGGAUAGCACGACAAAUGUUGGAUAUGAGAGUGACUGGCACAAGACCAAGGGAAAGACCAUGAAGAAGGUGGGAGGAGCAGAUAAAACGAGGAGUGAUGGAGAGAGGUGCCCAGUGGUAGUUGGUGGAAGAGGAGGAGUGGUGGAUGGACAGGAAGAGAUGGAGGGGCUUUACCAAGCGGACCCGGCCACAGGCUGGAAACAGCAAUGGUUGAUGAUGAUGAUGAGUAAUAAUCCAAGGUUACACAUACCAGACAAUAAGAUCAUGGAUGAAAAGCCCUUCAUCAAAAUCUUGUGCAUGAAAUACAGUAAAACAUAUCUAAAAAAUAUAUUUGUCUUCAAUGGUACCUUUCUGUGAGUGAAAAUCAAUGUUUAUUACUUUACUAUAACAUAUCAUAUAACAACAAAUGAAAUGUAAGAAUGUUUGCAAAGUAUAACAUAAACAUAUAAAAGUA